AUGGAGAUGUAUUCCAUCUGGCAGAGUUUAGGAAGUGUGCAACAUGCCAGGCACAUGAGAAAUGAUCUCUCCCUAGACUUGCAUGAGACCAAGUUUUUCCGGAAGACGGACAGAAGAAGAGAGGAAGUGAAAGGAGAAGAAAGGGUCAGCCAAGACGAUGAAAAGGAAGAGGUAGAUGAAGUGAUUCUGGAAGCACAGAAGGAUACAGGGAAUUCCAUUUUCUACAAAUGGGUUGAAAGAUUGGUCAAACAGGCUGGUUGUCGCGUUCUUCACUUGUUUGCAGGGCUCCUUCUUGAGCCCGCCAGCUUCAGCACCAACGGCUUCGUGGUGGAGGAUAACCAACCACCUCUCCCUUUCUCCUCCUCCUCUCCUCCUCCUCCUCCUCCUCCUCCUCCUCCUCCUCCUCCUCCUCUCUUCAGGAGGAGGGCGUCCCACGUUUCGCAGAGGGGGCUAAUAUUACCUUUCAUCUGGGAUCAUCUGGAGACUUAA